AAACCGGCCCCUCGGAGGAGGCAGGAUGCCGCCGAAGGGGAAGGACAAAAGGAAAGGCAAGGACAAAGGCAGAGGCGAGAAGAAGUCAAUAAAAAUAGAUGAAUCUGUGAUGGACAGAGCCAAGGCCAAUGCCUCCCUUUGGGAAGCCAGGUUAGAAGUCACAGAACUCUCUAGGAUUGAGUAUCGUGAUACUUCCCGGAGACUGGCAAAAAGUAAUGAAGACUUAAAGAAACAGCAGUAUAAAAUGGAGAAAGACACAAUGUCUGUAUUAAGCUACCUAAAGAAGCAGGAUCAGGAGAAAGAUAAUAUGAUUGAAAAACUGAAACAGCAAUUGAUUGAAACAAAGGAAAAAUCCCAAGAGGAAAAGGAAAGAUUGAAACAGAAGUAUACUGAGAAAAUUAAUGAGCUGGAGGGACAAUUCCAUCAAAAAGCCAAAGAAAUUGGCAUGAUUCAGACAGAGCUGAAAACAAUAAAACAAUUUCAGAAGAGAAAAAUCCAAGUGGAGAAAGAAUUAGAUGAUCUGAAGGAAAAUUUAAGGAACACAGAGCGGAAACAUCAGGAGAUGCUUAGAAGACUAGAAGGCAGGUUUUUUGAAGAAAAGCACCGUCUAGAACAAGAAACUGAAAAGAAGAUCAUAACACUGGCAGAGAGAGCCCACCAUGAAGCUGUUGUGCAAUUGAACAAUGCUGGAAGAAAUGUUUUUAAAGAGAAUGUUUAUCUCCAGAAAGCCCUCGCAUACCACCUGAAGGAAGCUGAUGCUCUACAAAAAAACUCCCAGAAGUUGCAAGAAAAUCAUACUCUCCUUUUACAUCAAAAGGAGAUCAAUGAACUGUUGGUUAAGGAAAAGAUUAUGCAGCUUACCCAACAGAGGUCACAAAUCCAGGCUCUUCAGAAGAAGAUCAUAAGCUUGGAGACUGCUCUAAAUUAUAUGACCAAAGAAUUUGAGACUGAAGUUUUAAAACUGCAGCAACAGGCAAUGGUAGAGAACCAAGCGGGUCAGGUAGAAAUCGACAAGCUGCAGCAACUUCUUCAGAUGAAAGAUAGGGAAAUGAAUCGAGCAAAGAAGCUGGCCAAGAACAUACUGGAUGAGAGAACAGAAGUGGAAAGAUUCUUUUUAGAUGCUCUUCACCAAGUGAAGCAACAGAUUCUAUUUAGCAGGAAGCAUUAUAAACAGAUAGCACAAGCUGCUUUCAAUUUAAAAAUGAGAGAAGCAUGUGCAGGAAGAACAGCAUAUCCAAAAAUCAGAACAUUUCAUGGCAGAGAGCACAGCACCAAUAGUGUGAAUCAGGAUCUGAAGGAGGCUGAGAAAUGGACAAGUAUUCAAGGAAACGUGGAUAUUGGUGAUUUGACCUGGGAGCAGAAGGAGAAAGUCUUGAGACUACUCUUUGCAAAAAUGAAUGGUUUUGUACCUAGGAAAUACAGCCAGAGCUCUAGGCCUCCCGUUCCAGACUAUGUUGUUUCUAACAGUGAAGAAACAGAGGAAUUUAGGGAUGAGAGUAAGCUUCAAGAUCAAACCUUUAUCACUCAGCAAGUCCCAAUAUCAGACUCUUCUGGUGAAAUGGUGUUACCCAGUAUUCCAAAAGGAUCACAAGAGUCUGACAUAGGGACCUACUGAGAAGUACUGAUGAACAUAUGACUCCAUAGAUGCUGCUGGCAGGCUCUUCCUUGCAGAAUCCUUGCUCCUGAUUAUGCCCAAGAAAGUUUUUUAAAGAAAAAAAAAAUUUUUUUUAACUCAAAAGUUACCUGUUUGCCAUAGAAAUUGGUGUCUCCCCUGAAGGAAGAUCGAGAGCCAGUGAAUGAGAACAUUGGCAAAGGCACUGGAAUGGGGACAUUCACUCCCACCUAAAGCAGAAUAAAUCCAUGUCAACUAUGAAGCGAAGGACUCAAACAAAGGAACUCUCCACUUAGAAGUAUAAAGGCAUCAGAAACCAAUUUUAAAUACCUAACUUCCACCCCCAUCCUCCACCCCAUGAACUUAUUCCUGAGGAAGAAAUGGAGCAUUGUGGGAGAUUAGAGAAUCAAACUAUAAGCAAGGUGCAGUGACUGACCACUAUUUACUGUUUCUUCCUCGUGGGAAACCAGAGAUGGCUAUGAGAAUCUCCUAAACAUUCCGUUCACAAACCUGUCCAACAUCCACCAGGUGGGAAUAUUUCCGAGCAGUGGCUCCAUUAGUGGUGAAGAUGGCAGUUCCAUUUCCAUAUGGGUUGUCAUUUACAAUUUUGAUGGCUUCAUCCAAUGUUUCUGUCUCCAGAACCACAAGAACUGGACCAAAAAUCUCUUCUUUGUAACAGGUCAUAUUUGGCUGCAAGGAAUAAUGUCCAGAAAAGAAGUUAGCUUUUUGGAGUCUAAGGAUUUUGUUUAUUUGGUACUUUCACUUACUCUACCCAUCCUUUACGUAAACAGUUUUCAUUUUAGCAAUCACUUUUCAUUUUAAACCACUUAUAAAAAAAGUCCCCUCUUGCUCUGUUCCAGCUUCCAAGCUCCCAAUCCUAUAAACAACUUGAAAUUCCUA